CCACCAAUCCAGACACCCUACUUCCCGGCCCUCUUCCUGCCAUCGCUGCCAAAAUGAAUCGCCAAUCACACUAUUCUACGCCGAAAAAGGCGAGGAUACGAGGGACGAUUGAUUAUCUCGAAUCCCGUCGUAUUCCGCACUUCAAAAGCGACGUUUUUCGCUUCCACGGAGCUAGCCAACGCUCUGGUUGGCGCGCCCUCGCGGAACCGGAGGAUACAGGCGACCGAUCUUUCCACUCGACAUGUUCUGAGACUCGCGGCCGGAAAAGAAAGCUUAGCAAACAAGAUUUAGCCCAAAUUGAGAGGUUUCUCGAGCAUAACGGCUUCGACGGGCGGACUGUGCCAUAGGAUGGCUUGCCUGCAGCCGCCGGCCUCGACAUCGACGUCCCUGGGCGAACAGUACGCCGUGCAGUUCAGUCAAUGGACUUUCGGAUGUGUAUCGCAUGUUCCAAGCGAUAUACUUCGCCGAGAUUGAAGGAGAGGCG